AUCAACUGUAUGCAAAUAUGGUUGGCCUCCAACGGGGAUAUGAUCAGGAUAGGUGAGCUCACCUACCUGUAUCGUUUGAAAGAGUCUAAAGAGUGGGGGUAUUACGAAUUAGUCCCUUGGGAGAGAAAGAUUAGGAUCGUCAAGGGAUUGCCCUCGUCAUUCAGGUAUUGGAAGUCGCGCUUUUUCUUUGUGUCUGGGGACGACUUCGAGACCCAAUCUAGCAGUGAUUGGGGUGAUAUCCCGAGGUUGCUCCGUCGGUGGGGAACCCCGACCUUAGUUAAGAGACGGCCUGGGCUGAAGAGACGAUAUAAGGAACGCAUAGAGACCGCCAUCGGGUACGCUGAGACGAUUGAGAGCUGGGACGAGCUGGUUGACCCUCGAUCUCUUGCGUUUUACAACCUUGGUCCUGACCCAUCUCCUUUCGUUCUUCGUCAGCUUGGCAUUGAAGGCAAAAAGAGUAAGUUUUAACUUCGUCAAUGCUGAUUCCCCUUAUGUAUAACUUCGUCAAUGCUGAUUCCCCUUACGUAUACUUAAGCAAUUUUUUGACACACUUUCUUCUUGCAGAGAUGACGACAAAGUUCAACAAGGACAUGUAUGCAAAGAUGAGGUCAAAGAAGGACGAACCCCUGUCCAAUUUGGGAAAGAAGACUGUGCGAGUCACCGGGAAGGGUCCUGCUUCCAUCCCGCUCAGCAUCGUUCCUUCAAUAGCUUCUGAGACGACGAGGACUGCCUCCCCGGCCGUUUCAAUAGAAGAGAUUCCUACUCCCGGCUCCAAAAGGCCGCGCGUGGUUGGCAAAGGAAAGGAGAAGACUGAUACUCGUUCAUCCACAAUAUGGGAUGACGAGUCAUUGGCCGUGGAAAGAGCUCACGAGGUCGUUACUUCAGCGGACUUGAAGGCUCUAUCUGACUUGUCCUUAAACGAUGUGGCUUCUCGUCACGUCCACAAACUUGUCCAGGUGCUGGGAGAGAGUAUCCAUAUCACCGCUGAGUACCUCACUCAAGGGGCCAAGGUGGCGUCUCUGGCAACCCGGAUAGAGGCCCUGGAGAAGGAGAACUCAGACCUGAGGACGAACCUGAUCACUUCUAUGGACGAGGCCACGACAUUGAAGGAGAAGGUCAAGGUGCUGGAGGACGACCUCAGAGUUGAGCGCGGGUUGACUCAGGAGAAGGACGAGCAACUUCUAGCAGCCAAGGAGAAACUAGUGACCAUCGCCGCUCGAUCCGUGGAGGCUUUCCAGACCACUGACGAGUACAAUACCGUGCUCUUCAGCUGGUAUUUUAAAGGAUUUGAGCUUCUCCGGAGGUACAUGAUCAAGCAUCCUUCUGGAGUCAACCUGGAGAGCCUGGAUUUGGAGGAGGUGGACAAGGAAAUGGCCCUGGAGGAGGCGGCUUCGUCUUCUGCCCCCGGUGAUGAUGCUCCCGAACCUGUUGCUGACGUGCCGGCCAGUGAAGGCACAGCUGAUGCUUGA